UCCAAUAAGAGCACAAAUGCGGCCUCUGGUUUUGCGCUUUUCUUUCUCUUUCUUCUCACCUUUGGCCCUGCACCACCAUUCUCAUUCAUGUAAUUUCAUCCCUCUACUCUCCCUCUCUACAGAUGAAGGGACAUCCUGGGAAUUGAGAUGGGGGAAUUCCAUAUCUCAUCUUUGGGUGCAACAUGUGAAGAAAAUGAUAGAGAGAGAAAGAACGUCGGGAUUUUUCAUAUAUCCAAGGGGCAAAGACAAGAAGAAAUGAGUAAAAACUCAGGAAAUACUACUGGUUUCGGCCUUUUUGCUGCUUUACUGUGGUUCAUUGCUUCAUUAUCGCUUUCAGGUGCAUUUGAUCCUAUGGAUCCAAAUGGGAACAUAACCAUCAAAUGGGAUGUGAUGGACUGGACCGACGAUGGCUACCAGGCAAUGGUCACCAUAUUAAACUUCGAACAGUAUCGGCACAUCUCGAGCCCAGGGUGGCGCCUGGGCUGGACCUGGGAGAAGAGGGAGGUCAUAUGGUGGAUGCAGGGGGCGCAGGCAAUUGAACAGGGAAACUGCUCAGAGUUUAAGAAAAACUUACCCCACUGCUGCAAAAGGAAUCCAGUCAUUGUGGACUUGUUGCCUGGUACCAAUUUCAACAAGCAGGCGCCCAAUUGCUGCAGGGGCGGGGUGCUGUCGUCGAGAGUACAGGAUUCUUCGCGUGCAGUUUCAUCAUUCCAGUUAGCUGUUGGUUGCGCAAAGAACACACUGUCCACUGUCAUUCCACCGGUGAACUUCAUGAUAUCAGGGCCCGGCCCUGGCUACACGUGCUCCAAUCCAAUCAAUGGGAAUGUGAGCAUCUUCAUCGAUCCCGAUGGCCGCCGCACAACCGAAGCCCUUAAGAGUUGGAAUGUGACUUGCAUUUAUUCUCAAACCUUAGCUCAUAAGGGACCAACAUGCUGUGUAUCCUUGUCCUCCUUUUACAACCCAGAUAUCGUUCCCUGCCCCCUCUGUAGCUGCAGUUGUCAAGAUAUGCCCUCACUUGCCGGACAGUGUGUCAAUGGAAACUCCUCUGUACUUGAGAUGCACACUUCUAAGUCACCAUUAGAGGAGGCCAAGGACAUCGUGAGAUGCACAAGGCAUAUGUGUCCGGUCAGGAUACAUUGGCAUGUCAUGCUCAGCUAUAAGCAUCUAUGGAGGGUGAAGAUUACGUUAAACAACUUCAACCAUGCCAAGAAUUAUACAGAUUGGAACCUCGUGGCUCAACACCCCAACCUUGGUAGUAUAAACCAAGUCUUCAGCUUCAACUAUCAGCCACUAGAUAGAUAUGGUGGCACUGUCAAUGACUCGGGCAUGUUUUGGGGGAUCAAGGGGUACAACGACAUACUCUUGCAAGGGGGAAAUGUCCAAACUGACAUUUUGCUCAACAAGGACCAAGGUGCCUUCACAUUUAGCCAUGGAUGGGCGUUCCCAAGGAGGAUCUAUUUCAACGGCGAUGACUGCGUCAUGCCUCCGCCUGAUGCCUAUCCGACGCUGCCAAAUGGGUCCCUACCAGCACCUCUGGACUCUGCUUUGAGUCUUGUCUUAGUAGGAUUUCUUUCAGUGCUAGUGCUACUUCUUGGUGUUUAGAGAGCAACAUUUCAGAAAAAACAAUCAGGCCAGGUAGCGGCCACUGGCCCAAGACUAGUUACUCGAGUGACCCUAUACUUCAUAGGCCGGAUAAAAACUACAAAAAAUGCUGAAAAAAUAGAAAAAUUGAUAUUAAUGUAAAAUGAAAAUCUUCCAAAAAAGAGAUUCCUCGGCCCCAAAACCCAUAGGGUAUGGAAAAUACACUUUUUUUUCUCAAACGAAAAGCGAAUUUUCAAGUAAAAAACUUCAUUUUCCAGCCAUUAAUCAAACAAACAAGUAUAGGCGUUAUUAAAUAGGGUCCAAUCACAAACAAAAGGAGCCAAGUUUCAACAUUGGCAAAAAAUGUGGGAGAUAUUGAUGGAAUGGUGGACAGAUGGGCCCGACCGAGUCCUAUAACAGUGGGAAUAUUGUGUCACUAAAUCAAAGGUUAAACGAUGACAUUUGUAUCUUGUUCUUUGACUUUAUUUUGCAAUGCAUUGAAAAGCAGAGCAUUUAUGA